UUUAUUCGAGUCACAGACAUUUAACAAAAUAAUAAACGCUUCUUUAGCAUUCGUAGUGUCUCUGUUGCCGGCUGGAGACUCUCGGGGCGACAACAUAUUUUAUUCAGUGCACAAUUAGAGUGCCUAGUUUAUUAAUUUUCCUCAGUGUGCCUUUGGUUCUCAAAGUGCUAUUUCCAUUCUAAGUACAAUUCAUUCCAUUUUUUUCGGAAGUAUAGCUGAUCUUGAACACAUGUAGAUUAAUGGUUUAAAUUAAUCGGUUUUUGUGCUUCUUUAAAUUUGAUUAUGCUAUUACAAUUUAUAGUGAGUUUCCAAGUUUUACUGGUAAAUGCUUUACUUUUUUUUCGUUAUUUAUUAGGAGUGGUCACUUGAUUUACAGUGAAUAUCCUUGUAUAUAAUUAUUGUUAACCUUCCAACUACCGAUGUACCAAAAGUUCAUUUCUCUUGGACAUGUGUCUUUUUCUUCUUUCUUACUUUACACGUACUUCGGAGUCAUUCUCUCUCUUACUGCUGCUUUGCGUACAUUACACAUGUUCAUCACAUCUUUACCUUCUCUGCUUUCUCUCCUUCGACGCCUCCUCGCCGUUACCUUCUCCUGCCUUUCCCGUCGGCUUAAGCUCGAUCUCGGGCCGUGUUAGAAAGGCAGUGUAUAAAAGGGAUCGACGUAUAGCAAGGUGCACGUCUGCUUCAAGUACCGCAUCAAGAUGUACACGCUUAUGGUAUUGUGCAUGGCUGCGGCCGUCUCGGCUGGCCCACAGUAUAACUACCAGGCUCAAGACGCGGGUGUAGAAAUUCAGCAUAGAGAGGACGGCGCGCAGGCCGCUCCGGUAGAAAUUCUGAAGGACGAGCGUGAGGGCCCCGAUGCGUCUGGCGUCUACAGCUUCAGCUUCGAGACUGCUGAUGGCAUCAGUCGGCAAGAGGAGGGCCAGCCCUCGGGGGACGCGGGUGCGGUUUCCUCGCAGGGCGAUUGGACAUUCACCUUCCCCGAUGGAACGCACGCCUCCUUCUCGUUCACCGCCGACGAGAGCGGUUACCACGUCGAGUCCGACCUGCUGCCUACGCCCUACCCUCUCCCCGCCUUCGCUCUCGCGCAGGUAGAGAAGGCUAAGCAAGAGGAUGCUGCUGCAGCUGCGGCGGCUGCUGCGUCACCUUCUGCCCUUGGAGCUGCACCAGCAGAUGCCACAGGGCCCCUCUACACUGCAUCAGGUCCUACCCCGGUCCCUAACUUUGCCCCAGCACCUCCUCCUGUCCAAACACCUGUGUCAGCCCCUGCCUCUGCCCCUGUCCCUGGAACUCUAUAUAAUGUUGCUGGGAAGUAGAUCAGACGUUGGGGUUUAUUUCCGCUCCCUUUCACUCUGUUUUUUAAAUUCAUCAGUCUUCCAUCUCGCCAAUAACCUUUUUUGUUUAAUGUCAGUUUUUCACUAUUUUACUUUCCUUGUUAGAUUAAUAUACAUACAAAUAUGUAUAUUAUCACAUGAAUUGUCAUGACAUACA